AACUGCGUCCUAAAGCGCUGCUGUAAAACACUUACAAACCCAGAAAGGCUUGUGGUCGGCUCUUCUCGAGUGGUGGCGAGAGGAAGGGGGUGAUUGCAAACUACAGCGCUAUGAUUCUAGGGCUAAAGGAUUUCACCGACCGGAUAGGCGAAGGAAUCGGGCAGCCCCGACUCGACUUCGCUGGCGGCGAGGAGCUCAUGCACGUCCAGGACGGUGUCGCGAUUGUCCUCGGUUGUCGCUCGCCGGAAUCACCAGGCACACUCUACAUCUCUACUAGGAGAGUGAUUUGGUUGAGUGAUACAGUAAGAGACAGAGGCUACGCGGUAGAUUUCUUGUCUGUUUCCCUCCAUGCCGUGUCUAGGGAUCCCGUGGCUUACCCUUCACCCUGUAUCUACACUCAGAUUGAGGUUGAAGCUGCUGAAGAUGAUGAUCCUGAGGGUCUGGAUGAUGAGUGUCCUGACGAGAUAGACAUAUCGAAGAUAACAGAGAUGAGACUUGUACCAUAUGAUCCUAAUCAGUUGGAUACUCUCUUUGAUAUUUUUUGUCAGUGUGUAGAACUUAAUCCCGAGCCACUGGAAGGUGAAGAUGAAGAAAAUAAUUGGGUUUUCGGUGAUGAAGGUCUUUCUGAAUAUGGAGAUCUGUCCGCGUGGCAACUUUCAGAAGAUCUCCCUAACCCGAUUGGACAUGCAAAUGGACAUCAUGAACUAGCACAUUCUGUGCUUCAUCUCCAAAUCAAUGAUCAGCGCUUUGAGGAUGCUGAAGAAAUGGAAGAUGGUAAUCACAUUUAGAAUUAAUUCUGCUCUUUUCUUUCACAUCCAAACUAAAAUCUUGUUGUCAAAUGCCUGCUGAUGUUUUUGUCCAAAGCAGAUACGACGUU